CCAUUGCACUGCAAAACGUCAUAUUUCAUGGAGCACUUCAAUGGCCAUAUAAGAAGAAAGACGUACCAAAGACAUUAGCAGCCUAGUAGGCAAAAAACCGUAUUGGUCCACAUAUGUGAGCCGAGUUGAGCAGUCAGCGAGACAGCCAGUACUGUCGGGAUCGUUAGGGCAUCACGCCGGGAGAUCAGAAAGAAUUUGUCACUGCACAGCACGUUUGCACUCUGCAGGAAGAGUGUUUCCUUGAAUGGAAGGAUAUUCCAGAUUGAAGUUUGACGCUCGUCCUGAGAGUAGCCUACAUUUAUGCAUUUAAAGGCGGAAUAGAGGUCUACAUCCCAUCGACUGUCGUCGCCGGACGGGAUGGGGAACGGGUCCGUGAAGCCGAAGCAGCUGAAGCAGCCGGACGGGACGGCGGCGGGCCGCUCGGGAGGGGGCGGAGGCGGCAGGCUGAGCUCCAAAAACGCGGCGGAGCUCCUGAGGGCCCGGGUGGCCGAGCUGGAGAAGGAGGCGAGGAGGAAGGACGAGGAGCUGGGCGAGAAGGAGCAGCGCAUCCGGGCUCUGCAGGAGCAGCUGGCCCGGCAGACCAAGGCCGUCGGCGAGCUGACCGAGGAGCUGCGCGGCAAGACCGCGCAGAUAGGCAAGCUGCAGGACGUGGUCAGGACGCAGGGCGGGGCGGGCAUCCACCCCUCUCCCCUCAAGGCCAAGUUCAACCAGCAUAUGGGUGGCCUGAUCAGGGACACCCUGAAUCGGAGGAAAGGGGCCAAGGCAGGGGUGUCCGCUGAGCCCACCUCCAGAACCUACGGCUCCGGGAGCCAGCCCAAGUUCUCCUUCGAGAAGGCCAGGGUCUGGAAGGACUCGAGCACAAAGAAACUCAUCAUCGACGCCCUCUAUAAGAACCAGUUCCUGAAGAGGCUUGAGCCGCAGCAGAUAAAGGACAUAGUGGAGUGCAUGUACGAGAGAAGCUUCCAGAAGGGAGAUUACGUCAUCAAGCAGGGAGAGCCGGGGAAUCACCUGUUUGUGCUGGCAGAUGGGCAGCUGGAUGUCUUUCAACAGAGCAAAUUGUUAACUACAAUAGCUGUCUGGACAGCAUUCGGUGAAUUGGCAAUAUUGUACAACUGUACACGGACUGCUUCAGUAAGAGCGGUCAGCCCGGUGAAGACAUGGGCUCUGGACCGGGAGGUGUUCCAGAACAUCAUGAGGGUGACCGCAGAGACCCGGCACGAGCAGUACCGCAGCUUCCUCAGGAGUGUCUCAUUAUUGGCAAGACUACCAGAGGACAAGCUAAAUAAGAUUGUGGACUGCUUAGAAAUGGAAUAUUACGACAAAGGCGAUUAUGUCAUCAGAGAGGGAGAAGAAGGAAGCACGUUCUACAUCAUCGCCAAAGGAAAGAUUAAAGUCACUCAGAGCACAGAGGGUCAUGAGGAACCUCAGACCAUAAAGACCCUGCGGAAAGGUGACUACUUUGGGGAGAAGGCCCUCAUCAGUGAUGAUGUCAGGUCAGCCAACAUAAUUGCGGACGAAGACGACGUGGAGUGCCUUGUUAUUGAUCGAGAGACCUUCAGUCAAACUGUUGGGACUUUCAGUGAACUUCAGAAGUACCUCCAAGGCUACGUGAAUAAUCUUGCCCGUGACGACGAGAAGAGACAUGCAAAGAGGUCUACGGGCACGCACCUGACCCCGCCCUUAUCCGUGGAACUCAUCCACUUGAAGGAGCGGGUCUCCGCCUUCUCCUCGGACGCGCCCUUCGACAGCCUGGAGGUCGUGGCCACGCUCGGGGUGGGAGGCUUCGGAAGGGUGGAGCUGGUUAAGGUUAAAAAUGAAGACGUGACCUUCGCCUUGAAGUGCAUCAAAAAGAAACACAUUGUGGACACUAGACAGGAAGAGCACAUCCACUCAGAGAGGAGGAUCCUGGCUGAAGCCACCUCCCCUUUCAUCGUAAAGUUGUACCGUACCUUUAAGGACACCAAGUAUGUGUACAUGCUGCUGGAGGCUUGCCUUGGUGGGGAGAUCUGGAGCCUGCUCCGAGACAGGGGGAGCUUUGAUGAAAAUACGGCUAAGUUCUGUGUGGGCUGUGUGACCGAGGCUUUCGACUACCUUCAUCGCAACGGUGUCCUCUACAGAGACCUCAAACCGGAGAAUCUCAUGCUGGACGCAGAGGGUUAUAUUAAACUGGUGGACUUUGGCUUCGCCAAGAAGAUCGGGUGCGGGCAGAAGACGUGGACUUUCUGCGGGACCCCCGAAUACGUGGCCCCUGAGAUCAUUCUCAACAAAGGCCACGACAUCAGUGUGGACUUCUGGUCCCUGGGCAUCCUGGUCUUUGAGCUGCUCACGGGCAACCCCCCUUUCACUGGGACAGACCAGAUGAUGACGUACACCCUAAUCCUGAAAGGCAUUGAGAAGAUGGAGAUCCCCAAGAGGAUCACGAGGAGGCCCGAGGACCUGAUCCGAAAACUGUGCCGGCAAAAUCCAGCCGAACGCCUGGGAAACCUCAAAAAUGGAAUAACAGAUAUUAAGAAGCACAGGUGGUUUAACGGCUUCAACUGGGAGGGUCUGAAAGUCAGGAAGCUCAAAUCUCCCCUGAAGAGAGAGCUGAGCGGUCCCACAGACCACGGUUACUUUGACCGCUACCCUCCCGAUGAGGACACCCCUCCGGACGAGAUGUCCGGCUGGGACGCGGACUUCUGAUCGCCGACCCUCACUGAACCCCGUACCUCCGAGAACAAACCUCCGAAACCUCGCCCCGUUCGGCGGCCUGCGCCAGUAGCUAACCCAGCUGCCAGGUGGCCCUUCGAAUGUCAGCGAACGCCGGCGAGUGGGAUUGGCAUCCGUGCCACCGCCGCGCUCCGGUCACACCAAGAUCCCGCCCGAUAAGAACGUCUUGCACCGGCGAUGUUCGGCCACCGGGAGCGCCAUCGCUCCAGCAUCUGGAUGAUGGAUCUCAGCCGGCUCUCCUCUGUCCCAACCCACCUCCAGCUAACCCGCCCGACAGCGCAUGAAUCACUGCUCGGAGGGAGCGGCAAAUAUUAACUCCAAACACGUCCCCCUCCACGUGAGUUAUGAACUGUGAGUGUCACGGAGGAUUGUACGAAACCAGAGGUAAUAUUUAUCUUUCGGCCCGAGAGUACAUUUUGCGGUUGGGGAGAAAAGGCGGUUGCCCUGAAUGGCUGAGGUGUCGAUGAUGUAUGAGAUUUUAACACUUUCAAAUGCGUAUGAACCACCUGUAGCUGUGCAAGUGAUUUACGAGGUCGUAGCAGUCUACCUCCAGAAAGGAGUCCAAGUGCAUUUCCUUCAUUUCACUAUGAAUUGUCAGAAUAUUUUGUGUGUAUAUAUUUUGUAUUGGUGGAUCGUUUCUUUUUAAAUAAAUGCAAAAUGAAAACAGUUAA